AUGGAGCGCAGCGUCUUCGACGGCGAGGCGCUCGCGGGCGAGGAGCGGCGCUGCAAGUCCACGGUGGACGUGCUCGAGCUGGCCAUCCAGGCCGAGGAGACCAUGGCGUCGGCGUCGCGCCUCGUGGAGCAGGCCGCGGUCGAGUUCGCGGCGCGGGAGGCCGGCGAGCUCGACAGCGACAGCGACGACGACGAGGAGCGCGCGGUAAGACAACUCAAGAAGGUCGUCGUCGACCUCGCGGAGAGCCGGAAGCGGCUCGCGGGCGACGCGGGCGACUACUGCGCGAGGAGCCGCGCCGAGCUCGCGCCCUACGUGGCGUCCGUCGCCGCGCGCCUCGCCGAGGCCGAGGAGCGCGUCAACGAGGUGCCGGGCAUCGACGACGGCGGCGACGCGUCUGAGAGCGACGCGGCGGAGGAGACGGACGACGAGCCCGACGACCAGGAGGAGCGCGACGACGGCACGCCCUUCGUCGCGCCGCCCAAGGGCGGCAUCUACGCCGACGCGCCCCCCGAGGCCGCCGCGACGCGCGCGUCGGCCGUCGUCGGCGCGCCGCCGCCGAAGCCGCCGCCGCCGCCCGCGGCCUGGCCCGACAACCUCGCGCUCCUCCUGGGGCCCGUCGUCAAGCCGCGGGCCACCGUGCUCAAGCGGAAAGUGUUAUCCUUCUGCCUCUACGGCGCCAAGCCCAUCUACUGCGCGGGCGCGGUGCAGAACGCGCAUUUGGCGAAGGCGUUGCUCCCGGACUGGAAGUGCGUCGUCUACUGCACCCCCGGCGACGUGCCCGAGGAGACCUGCGCGGCGCUGACGGCGGCGGGCGCCGAGCUCCGGCUCGUCUCCAGCAAGUGCCGCGAGGCGCAGCUCAUGCUGCUGCGCUUCCUGCCCUGCGGCGACGCCGGCGUCGAGGCCGUCGCGGUUAGGGACGCGGACAGCCGGCUGAACCCGCGCGACGCCGCGGCCGUCCGCGCCUGGCUCGACUCCGGCCGCCAGUUCCACGUGCUCCACGAAAAGCCCCACGACGCGACGCGCAUGCUCGGCGGCAUGUGGGGCGCGCGCGCGUCGGGCCGCGCGCCGCCGGUGCCGCGGAUCUACGAGAAGAUGGUCGCGUUCGUCAACGGCCUCGGCCGGCCCUUCGGCUACGGCGACGACAUGGACUUUUUGGAGCGCGUCGUGCGGCCCCUGUGCAACGCGAAGAACGUCUGCCACCACUCGGCCGCGGAGCGCGGGUCCUUCCUCGCGGACGCGGCGCCGUCGCCGUUCCCGGCGACGGGCUACGCGGGCUUCGUCGGCCAGCCCAUCAACUGCCCGCUCCAGUGCGACUGGACGUUGUUCCGGGACGCGGGCUGCGCCCACGUCGCCGCCAACGCCCGGGUCAACCCGGAGCUCGCGGCCAAGGUCCGCCACCAGCCCGACGUCCUCGCGGGCAUCGGCGCGUUCCUGGGCUGCCCGCCCGCGGCACCCUAA